UAAUGACGUCAUGCGCUGAACAGCGCCUUAAAGUUUCGCAUCCGGUUGAAAACAAUAUUAUUAGCCACAACACAAAACGUUACCUAUCCGUAAUCCCAACCUGUCAACCUGCGGUUUUAGGAUUAAACUACGCAUGCGACUUAAUCGGGGUUCGUGUUUUCAUAGCAUUACCGUACUUACAGACUGAUGUCAACAAAGUCGCUAGCGAUGCUUAGCUAGCGAAUGCUAACAAACAGCCUGUUCGCCGUGGUAUUUUACAUUUAUUGAAGCUCAAAUCUUGGGGCUGCUGUUAAACUUCCCGUCAAGCCGUUUUGGGGACGUGUGUUUGUCCCCCUCAUCUCCUACGAGAUGGGCAGUCAUUUCCGCAGCUACGUCUGGGAUCCUGUCCUCAUCAUAUCCCAGAUUAUCCUCAUGCAGUGCAUCUACUACAGCUUUUUGGGUCUGUGGUUGGCUGGUGUUGAUGGUUUGGUCCAUACUAGUAGAUCACUCGACCAGAUAUUCAGUUACGAGGUUCUUGGCUUCUCAACAACACAAGGACGCUUGUCUAUGAUGGCGUUUAUUCUGAAUUCCCUCACAUGCGCUCUUGGCCUGUGGUUUUUCAUCCGACGGGGAAAGCAGUGUUUGGACUUCACCGUGACGGUGCAUUUCUUUCACAUGAUCGGCUGCUGGAUCUAUAACGCACAUCUCCCAGCCGCCUUGUCGUGGUGGUUGGUCAACGUGGCCUGCAUGGCCCUCAUGGCGGUCAUCGGCGAGUACCUGUGCAUGCGGACAGAGCUCAGAGCCAUCCCUGUCAACACGGCACCUAAAUCCAAUUUAUGAGGACUGUUUAGAGACAGAUUUUCCACAGCUGGUGUGAGGUCGCGCUUCGGCAGGACUGGCGUGUUGACUAAUGCUGCUGUGGUUUGAGCAGAAGUGACUUGAUUGUUCUGUGAUGUUUUGGUCACAUCACUGUAUUUAAUCCGGAUGACGUUGAGAUGUGCCACAUGGGUUACACGCUGUGACUUCCCUCAUUCAGCAUUAUGACGGCAUUCGCAUCAUUUCAAAAGGACUAUUGUAAUUAUUCUUAUUUAGGACCAACUCUUUGUCAUUCAUAGAUGGCUACUGAAAAUAUGAAGCACAGAAAGCAUCAUGUAUAAAUCUUUAUCUAAAUAAAAUGCUAUGUAUUUCUAAAUA